CCUUGUACGAAAAAAUCUCAGAGCUCAGCUGCAGCAAUGGAGGCGACUGCUGCCAAUGAACCAGAUACGAAAAGCUCCAAUUCCUCUCCGGGAGUAACGAUACCGAACUUCUUCGUAUCGCUCUCCUCGGCAUUUACGCAAACACCUUCCGUGCGUACGAACAAGCCCAGUUUGCGACCUCUACCACCAGCUUCAGACUCCGUCAAGUUGAUUCAAGACUUCCAUCGUUCUCUGCUCUCCGCGACUGAGAAAUUCGCAGGCUUCGUCCACUCACUCGCCGCUAAGAACCCUCUGUUUCGGGAAGCGGUUCGCUUGUCAUCCGAGUUUCGCGGUGUUUGCGACGAGAUUCGUUUGAGGAACAACACUACAAGGGUUAGGUUUGGUAUGUCUGAACACGGGUUUGCAGCGGUUCUUCCUGGAGAUUCGGUUGCAGGAAUGGUGGUUGCUAACGGGUUGAUAAACUUCUUCAACAUCUAUAACACUAUCCUUGUUGUCCGUCUAGUACUCACCUGGUUCCCCACUGCUCCUCCUGCCAUUGUUAACCCCCUCAGCACUUUAUGUGAUCCGUACUUGAACAUAUUCCGGGGAGUCAUACCGCCUCUUGGAGGAUUAGAUUUAUCUCCCAUUUUGGCUUUCCUUGUUCUCAACGCCUUCACCAGCACUGCUAUGGCGCUUCCUUGCGAGCUCCCACCAUCUGAAGGAGCGGCUUCUCCAUCGUCUUGUGAGACCAAGUGGAUGAGAAGGAGAAGGCUGAGCAGCAACAAGAACCAAACACCCAGCUCGGCUUCUAUGAACUGACCUUAUUAAAAAACAUUACUCUUUUCUACGCUUCAGAAUGUGACAUAUAACUUUUGAGUAAUUUUAUUCAUCUGCAUCUCUGGAUUCCGAGUUAUAUUUGUGUAAAUUUUCUUUAUAAAAUGAAUAAAAAAAAAUGUUGUUCUUUGUAA